AUGUCUUCGCCGCACGAGGACGAGGACCAGGAUCUCGAUCAGGAGAUAAAUGUCGACGCGGACUCCGACUGUCAGUCCCGGGUGUCCUACAACAGUGGCUCGGAGGACAUCGAUCUGGAUGGCGAUGGAAACGGAUCCUGUUACGACGAGUCGGAAGCCACGAGUGACCAUCAAACACACGCCACCGAGCCGACGACGCGAUCGCCGAACGAAAACCUGCCCUUCAGCAUAUCACGAUUACUGGGCAAAUCGUACGAGCGGGAGCAGAAGGACAAGGAGGCCCUCUCGGAGGACAGCACGCCGGAGGCGCUCAUCAAGAACGGACACCACCACAUCACGGCCGGCUCGCCCGGGAGCCUCCAGUACGCGGCCGGCGCCCUCUAUAGCUACCCGAUCUACCCGGGCGGCCACGUCCUCCGAGUGCCUCCCCAGCGUGGGCCCUGCAAUCCACUUUCCUGGACCCUGCCGCCUCUGCACCCUGCCGCCCUCGCUCACCAGGCCGUCAAGGACAGGCUAGCUGCGUUCCCGAUUGCCCGGCGUAUCGGUCACCCGUAUCAGAAUCGAACACCACCGAAGAGACAAACGGCCGAGGAACGGGAAGCGGAACGGCAAGCCGCGAACCGAUUGAUGCUUUCACUGCAAGCAGAAGCGCUCAGUAAAGGAUUCGGUCAGCCGCCGUCGUCGGCGGGACCGCCGAAUGCCACGACGCCGGGGGCUCCGCUGGCCGCCCUGCACGGCUUACAACCGUGGGCAGAAGCUCAUACGGCGGGAUGUUAA